UCCAAAAACACCCCAGAACUCCUUCCAAUGGAUUACUUAAUUUGAUCCUCAGGAGAUGGGUCUAUCACAGGAGUGGGUGGGUGAGGUUCUGUGGCCUGCAAGGGGCAGGAGGUCAGACUAGAUGAUCAUGAUGGUCCCUACUGGCCUUAAAGUCUGAGCUUUGCUUAACAACUUUCUGUUACUUCCUUUGCAGGAACGUUCCUGGGGCCUAUGGACAGACUCUCACUGAGCACUGACUGAUCAGAUAAGUAUUGUCCAGUCGCUCUCCUCUGCUCAAACUCUGUUCCCAGUCUUGGUUCUCUGUAGGUACCAUGGAUUCUUUAGAGGAUCUUUCUGCUCUCUCCCCUCAGGUUCUGCUCAGAGACCAGCUCAUCAUUCGUCCCAGUAAAUGACAGUCAGUUUCACUACUGGGGAGGAUUAGGCUGCCCAUCAUCUGCUGGGACAUCUGAUAGCUUAGGAAGGGGUCAGGAAUCACAGAAACAGACGGGAAUCAGGGGUGUUAACCCCAAAACCUGCUGUUGGGGAGGCCCCCCCAUCAAGACCACUCCAGUAAAGGACUCUGCAUGUGGCAGGAGGGGACGAGUGCACCAUCUCCUUGCCCUCUUCAUUCCCCUGCAUCAUGGGAAGAAAGUGGUGCACAGACCCUGGAGUGGGAAUUAUGGACUUUUGUGAACCCUGCAAGCAAGGGGAGAUGCUGGGAAGAGGACUGUGGUCCAGGAAAGGCGAAGGGCUUGUGUUGUUUUGUUUGGAUUCUCACUCCUCCCAGAAGAGGGAGGACACUUGUUGCCAUGGUGACUGUGGAGAGCUACACGGAAUUUAUUACCCAACUGCUGAGGGGAAACUGAGGCAUGGCCAGAGUUCAACUGAGGAACAGGCUCCCCGGAUGCCAGGCCAGGUCACCUGGGAGAGGAGCCAAAGCCAGGGACACUGCACUGACUGGAACUGACUAUGCCAUGGCUACAUAGAGCCAUCUCUUUCAGCUGGCUCCGAGUUGAUCAGAGUCCAGCACCCACCGCUGCCUCCCUGAGAGGAGAGAUGGGGGAGGAAGAGGAAGCAGAUCCCCCUGGACAGCCUGUUAACAAUGCCAAAGACUUGAAGAGCGGAGGAAAACCAGAUCAUCCAGCUAAUUCCAGCUCCAGGAAACCUGCAGUAUGGGAUCGUCCAGCUGCCCUCAGAGGCAUAAUCGUGGUUACAAUGGUCGUCAUCGUCGCCCUAGUAGCAGCUUUGAUAGUGGUAACAUCUAAGCAGCCUCCUCCAUGGCCCCCUGCUGCCUCCUGCUGCCCGGACGGCUGGAUCCGGAUCCAAGGGAAAUGUUACUAUUUUUCUAAGGCCAAUAGGAACUGGACCUACAGCCAGAACUUCUGCUUGUCACACGCUGCCUCCCUGGCCGGGAUUGAGAGUCCGCAGGAGCUGGAUUCUCUGCUGCCAUAUGAAGGCAAACUGGACCACUGGAUCGGCCUCUGGAGGGACAAGGGCCAGGUCUGGAAAUGGGCCAACGGGACCAAGUUUGACGAUCGGUUUGAAAUACAAGGAGGCGCAGACUGUGUGUGCCUGGAUGAAGACCUCACUGUCACCACGUCAAGCUGCAGCACACCAAGAAAAUGGAUCUGCAGUAAACCUGAUACCCCUGCGAAGGGAGAGGAGGGAGCAGUGGGAGGGGAUUCGUGAACUCAAGGGAAUUGGAGACCAGCUGUGACAAAGCCUGGUGCUAGUCCCCUCCAUGCUGCAGCCUGGUUCCUUGUUUCUUAGCCUGUCUCCAGGGUUUGUCCAGUCCUAGUCAUCAAUUACCCUAAUGCUGGGUGCCCAGACAGCAAAUGUGAAAAAUUGGGACGGGGGUGGAGGGUGAUAGAAGCCUAUAUAAGGAAAGACCCAAAAAUCAGGACUGUCCCUAUAAAAUUGGAACAUCUGGUCACACUACCUAAUGCUGGGAUCUGUGACCCUUCUCUCAGGGAGACUGUCACAGUAACUGGAUCUCUAUCCCACCUCCAUCAGGUCAGGACUUGUCUCCAGCCACCCCUGUCUCUGGGCAGGGACCUCAUCCCGCUCCCUGACCAGGGCACUUGAAGCUGCACAGCUCCCUUCCGUACACUGCGAUAUCACCAGCAAGCCAGUCUGGCUAAAAGCCAGCGCCUGCCCUUUGCUUCCACUCUGAGCACAAU